CGAAACAUCGUGUUCACUUGUUGCUGGUGCACGUUUUGCUACGCGCGGGGUGUGUCCCGCUCGAACCAUGGAACCGUGCGACGGUUACCCAACUUCAUUGCUAAAGCUUCGAAACAGUCAGGAAGAGUUUGAAAAUAAAUUUUAUGCGGCAGAAGAAAGCGAUCGGAAUGCAAUCGUCGCAAGCUACAUCGCCGAAGUGUCAUCUUCCGACGAUCCUUUCAUUGUCACUGAUCUGGGGAUGGAUUUGGAAUGGAUCAACACGUCGCGACCUCUGGUGAGCUCCGACCUGCGUGGCCGAGUUGUCGUGCUGGACUUCUUCACCUUCUGUUGCAUCAACUGCCAGCAUGUACUGCCCACUGUGAAACUCCUCGAGCAAGAGUUCCCCGUCCAGUCUGGACUUCUAGUGGUCGGGGUCCACUCGGCAAAGUUUGACCAUGAGAAGCAGUUGGCCAACGUCAGCAAAGCCCUAAUGCGACUUGGUAUCACUCAUCCAGUUGUAAAUGACGCUCAUAGCUCUAUCUGGAAGUGCCUCAGGAUCAACUGCUGGCCCACGUUAGUUGUCCUUGGACCAUCAGGACAGGCGUUGCUGUUUCUUGUAGGUGAAGGGGCGACUCAGCUUCUGUUACCAUUCUGCAGGGUGGCAAUGGAACAGUUUCACCCAUCCUCUGUUACCUCGUUGCCAUUGGCCCCAGGUGCUCUUCCCACAGGGCCGUUGUGCUUUCCGGCCAAAGUGUUUGCCACUGAGACAAGACUUAUAAUUGCAGACACCGGCCAUCAUCGCAUUGUCAUCACGAAUCACAGUGGUAAGGUGCUUCAGGUGGUUGGAGGAUACGAGCCUGGUUAUCAAGACGGUUCCAUCACUGGUGCUCUGUUCAGUGAACCCAACGGCGUUCACUGGCGGGAUCCUCACUUUAUUCUUGUUGCUGACACUGGGAACCAUGCCAUCCGCGAGGUCGACCUUGAGAAUGGCACAGUGAGCACAUUGGCUGGGACUGGGAAACAGGGCGAGGACACCGAGGGAGGCCGCUUCGGACAAGAGCAGGAACUCAGCUCACCGUGGGAUGUCUGUUUAGUGGACGACGUAAUAUUCAUCGCAAUGGCGGGCUUGCACCAGAUCUGGGCUUUCUUCUUUCGAGAUGCAGUGCUAUUUGGAAAACAGACUUACAGCAAAGGUAUGUGUGCAUGCAUUGCUGGAAGUGGUGCUGAAGGGAACAGAAAUAACAGCUACCCUCUCAGAGCAACAUUUGCCCAGCCAUCGGGACUUUGCUUCCAGCCACCAAGCAUACUCUACAUUGCGGACAGUGAGAGUUCAUCGAUAAGAUUGCUGUCACUGAAGGAUGGUACAGUUAAAAAUGUUGUUGGUGGAGGCCUGGAUCCUACGGACCUGUUCUGCUUUGGGGAUACAGAUGGUGUGGCCUUAAAUGCAAAGCUUCAGCACCCCCUUGGUGUUGCCUGGAGUAGUGUCAAAGGAAGGCUUUACGUGGCCGACAGCUACAACCACAAGGUUAGAGAAGUGGACGUAGAAAAGCGCCUGUGCAAUACCUUUGUUGGAGGUGCAAGUGUCCAAGACUUACCCGGCAUGCAUUCACAGUCAGCGAGGCUCAGUGAGCCAGGAGGUCUGUGUAUCUUUGGAAGCAAGAUGUACGUUGCAGAUACAAAUAACCAUUGCGUUAAGGUCGCCGACCUCGACUCUGGUCGUGUUGAUGUGCUUGCGAUUGUUGCCCCUCAAGCCACUGACUGUGAUGGAGUGAGCGAAGAAAGUGUGAGUGAAGGAAAAUGUGUGUUCAGUGUAAGACUAUCACCUGGUGGUCACCUGUGUCUCAAGUUUGAUCCCCCAGUUGGCCUAGCUGUUGGAGCUCCGAACCGAUGGAAGGUUGAUUCCAGUCAACAAGUAUGGACGCAAACUCCUUUGCCGGCGGGAACACUGGAGCCUGCAAUGCAAGCCACUGCCGACUUGACACUUCAUGAACACUGUGUUGAGCAGGACCUGAACGUUCAAGUAACUCUCCAAGUUUACAUUUGCAAGGGUGAUAUUUGUGCGCCUCGUUCGUGGAGCUUUUGUGUGGCGUUGUCCGUAGACAACGAAGGUCCCAAAAAGCAAGAAGUUUGCUUUUCUAAAGACCUGUAUGCAUAAAAUCAUGAGAAGCAAAAGUCUAUACUUUGUUCCAUACAUAGCAGUCAACGCUGUAAAUGCUACGCAAGAAGUUCGGUCAGCAACAUGUACAACUCCGCACGUCUCAUAGCCACGUUUCGUUGUAAGUGCUCGUGUGAGCAGAGCAAGGUUACGCACAUCAAGCAUGGUCACGCUUCAAAUGAAAAACAAAGACAAUGAAACGCUGAGAAAUAUAGAGCAACAUAUUCACAGCCGUAUAACAGAGUUGUUUAUCUCUAAGCCACAAAAACUUAUAAUUUAUUACUCCGCAUAAAACUGAAAGAAAUCACGUAAUGGGUGCGAAGCAAGAAUGAAUUAUUUCCUGGUGCGAACACCUCUACUGCAAGAAGUCUCGCUAACCUCCACAGCAUUGACUGCUAUGUAUGGAAUGGAAUAUAGAUACCGUGGAAGCAAUAAAGAAAUGAGUCACUGGAAGGUGUUCCUACAGCCUACACUCUACAGCCUACACAGCUUACAGUCACACUUCAUAUAAGCUGCAACAUGGUGCUUGCAGUCAAAGGGGGCCCAAGCCUGCACAGAUACUCCGACAACUGUUAAAUUGGCUUACAAAAUACAAGUACUUGGAACGGCGUUUAGUUCACCAGUUUUUCUUGUUGGUGCUGCUGUUCUAUGUUGGGAUCACCUUGACUGUAGGCAUCAUGUUUCAGUUCUUAUUGAGUGUGGUUGUAUACUACAUUGAUUGCGCGCACAAGCUUUAACUGUAAUGAGUGACAAUUAAAAAACUGAAUUGCAUUCACGAAGCAAAACUUAGCUCCUAUCUUUCACACUUGUGUUCAUUUUUCCACGUGGUCUACAUUGGCUGCCUGCAUUUUCCUUUGAAAUUGCCUAGUUACGCCUGCCUUUUGAAAUCAGCAGUCAGGUUAAUAACACAUCAUGUGUCAUGAAUACUGUUGAAUACAAGAAAGUAUUUUUUCUGUCAUGUCAAUGUAUAAUUUUUCAGAUACCUUUAUUCUGAUAUCCUCUCAUGGAGACAAAUAUCGCAAAAUGUGAGCAUAAUUUUUACACGUUAGAACGCUAAUAUGCAAACUACAUUUUAUGCAUUUUCAAUUUUUAAUGCAACGUGUUGAUGUAAAAAUAGAUAAAACUGCUAUUUCUCAGGGCCUUUAAAAGUUGCACUUUCAGCACUUCUCCAAUAUACAUGAAGCUUUUUUGUGAAACUUAUGCAGUUUGUAAACAUUCGGUUCUAUUGUUGCUUAUUUUUCACACACAGUUAACAGCCUUCGUGUGCACCUUUUUUUACUACUAUUCCAUGCAUUUAUGCCACUUCGGUCAGUGUAUAUCUUGCUCUGUUAUGUUGGUGCGGUUUUGUAUCGCGCUGUACCCUGCCACUGUCACUGCCUUGUUCGUAGGAUCUGUGUAGCUUUAGAAUGAGGCAUUCUUUUAUGGGCUAGGUUAUUGUCAUUUGUUACAUGGCAGAUGUAUUAAAUAUAACUCUCCACAUGGCCAUAAUGUUCACCUGACCAUGAUUUCAUUACGUACCUUUUGUAUAAUGCAAAAGGCUCCUCCUGAGUGACUGCCCAGCUUACACAUGGCGUCAUCUAGCACUCCGAAGCUUCAUUUUUUUAACCCUGAGCCAAGCGCGAGAUUAAAGUGGCCUUGCAUUGAAGCUGUGUCUGUGAUUGUACCUUUAACCGGAUUUUCCUGGUAACAAGAUAUUGUGAUAAUAAAGUUGCAUUUUACAGUGAAAUAAUUGUCCCUGUACCAAGUAUUCGUCAUAAAAGUAUGUACGCAUGCACUCGAAUUGGCACUUGGCAGGCUUGCAAGUGCUCAUGCACAAGGGUUCUUACCUCUCUGCCUUGCCUAGCACGUCACUCAGCGCAGACUUGCUCACGGGCAAAUAAACUGAAUCGAACAGUCGAUGCAGAACAAGCAUUAUAGUGUGAUGCCGCCUAUCGGCACUGCAAGCCGGUGAUAGGAAGAGAAUCGAUGCCUUCUUCACUGGUUAUUGUGUGGUUUUUAAAAUUCCAGUUUACAUGACUGAAGUAACUGCUCAGUGACGUUGCACGGUGUCGCAAGGUAUGAAGCUUUCUGCAUUGUCCAUGGAUAAAAUUGCCAAGAUCGCACAUGUUAUAUUGCAGUCCAUGAUGAAUUUCACAAUACAUGUUGGGCCACUCAAAGUUGUAAGCUAACCUUACUACAUACUCAGACUGUGUAUUUGGUAUCUUCACUUUCAGAAUACGUACU